AUGGAAGAGCUCGAAGGAAUGUUCUCUUCCCCCGAGAAAUCUCCCGUGAGAACAAACGGGUUCGCCAAUGACGGGCUGAUGAUUUCAGAAGAAAUGGAAACUGGAGGAAACCCAUCAGAUGUACUGUCCGCCAGGCGGGGAGGCCGAAAUGCUUACAUCCCUCCACCGCGAUCGCGCUCUCCGAUGAAAUCCCUCAUGAGCGGAUCUCCGCGACGAACCCCCGGAUUGCGCUCUUCUCCUCUACCGCAGAGCGAGUUCUCAAGUCCUACAUCUACACACGUGGCUGCAAAACGAACAAUCAACCUAACUCACCCGCUUCCUCAAGCGUCAAAAUCUCCUUUGAAGCAAGCUCGAAAUCAGUCACACCCGGACUCAGAAGAGGAAGAAGAAGCGGAACAGAAUAAAGAUGAAGACGAAAAAGAGGAAGAGGAAGAGGAAGAGGAAGAGGAUAAAGAUGAAGAGGCAAGUGCAGGCGAGCAUGCGGGCGAAGAAGAGGGCACAGAACAAGAGGAGAGUGAGGUCGAAGACGGAGGUUCUGAAGCUGUACCGGGUGAUGCUGCAGACUUUUCUGAUGACGCCAACUAUUUAAUCGAGGAUGAGGCGGAGGAUAAUGGGUUUGUUGAAGGUCCCGGUGAUUACCAUGAAGCCGCCGACCAUCGUGAUGUAGAUGCGGAGUCAUCUGAAGCAGAACAGGAGCAGGCCGGGAAGUCUCCAGUACCAGUGCUGAAUACUGCAAGUAAGGGCAAGAAGCGCAAAGAAUCUGACAAGAAUGUCGAGGAGAAGGGUGACGAUGAGCCCAAAGCAAAUCACACUGGUAAGGGGCGUGGAAGAAAGCCGAAAAACCGGCAGGAAGACCGAGAUCAGGAACCCAAUAACGAAGACGAGAACCCACGGCCGGCAAAGAAGGCAAAAAAGACUGCUAAAUCUAGCAAUCUUCAAAUGACUGUCGAUCAGGAGAAAGAAUUGCAAAGCGUUGUGGAAAAUAUCACUAAAAAUGAUGGACCACUUAAUAAGAAACGCAGCUUAUAUAUUCUACGACGGGAGACUCCAUCGGACGACACUGUUCGGCAUACACGCUCUGGCAGAAUAUCUGUCCGGCCGUUGGCCUAUUGGCGCAAUGAGAAGUGCGUUUAUGGAACCGGUGAGGCAGAAGUUGGCCAGAGGUUCCCUCUCUCUACAAUCAAGGAGAUCAUUAGGACAGAGGAUCCUGCUAUCGACCAGUCAGGGAGGAAACGGGGUUCAAAGAAAAAAUCGAAGAGUAAAAAGAAGGGAGGGAGUGAAUCCGAUGAUGAGCCAGAUGAGAAUGCUGAGCCCUGGGAGACACAGGAGGGCGUUUUUUACGGCCCUGUAAAAACCUGGGACCCAGAAAAACAGACCGGAACCCAAGAAGAAGAAAUGAUGGGUAAGAUAUACUACCUAUUUUUUAUGUUAUUCUGGCAAAAAUUAACCCACUUCCGACUAGAUGUUGCUUAUGCUCCCUCAGCGAUUGAGACACAUGAAGUCAAGGAUUCUACCUUCCGUUUUGCAAAGAUCCUCAGUACACCAUUUCUCGGAUCUGGGUUUGUGGAAAUGCCUCCAAAUGCGAUCAAGAAGCAGAAAAACUCAAAACGAAUGCAUAUGGUUUUCUUCGUUUACUAUGGCAGAAUUCGGGUCGAUAUCGCAGGCUUGCAAUUCAGUGCUGGCAAGGGGUGUGUCUUCCAGGUACCUAGAGGUGAGUUAAUAUUCAAGCCUGUCUUUGCAAAUGAAUAUAAAAAACCAGCAGCUAUAUUUUUUACGCAAGGUUGCAUACCCCUGGAUGCGGAUGGGAACGUUGACACCGGCGUUGCCGCCCCUCCUGUGCCAGAGGCUCCUUCAACUCGAACAAAUAACAAUGCUACUGAGAAAGGAGGUAAAAAGCGAGGUCGUCCCAAGCAGGGCGCCAAAGGAGGGUGA